AUGGUGCGGGGAUACCAGGAUGUUGGGACUAAACCUGAUGCUGGGAAAUAUGACGUUUUGAUCGCGAUCCGUGGGCAAGUGGUGCGCUUAGGCAGGCCGCGGGCCGAAUAUUCGGUCAAACCGAGUGUGGCACUUCAAAACACCGACAACCGGCGAGGUGGAGCGGGACAGAGAGCUUGCCAGGCAAUUGAUUAUGAGGAUGAAGCGGAAAUGGCGGGCACAGUUGGCAGGGUGGACAGAGUUCGGGAGAAAGCGCGUUUGAGCCAAGAGGCGGUGAGAAUGAGAAACAGACUACACGUGCCUACGCUAAAAACCCACCAGAUCUGUAGGUGA